GUCUUUCAUACAUUAACACUGAUGUUCUUGUUGUUGGUUUUUCGCCGUACGCUGUGUAGUAUUGCUACCGCUGUUAUUUCGAACGUGUGUUCAUGCUUGAAAUCGUCUCUGCUCUAGCUAAAGUAAGCAAAUAUUGCAGAUACAAGUUGUUUGCGCUUGCAUCCAUGCCCGACUUCCUGAUAUUCAGUACGAUUAUAACACAAGUAAAAGGUGCACGCACGCGCUUAGAUUAUCCACUUUUGUCACAUACAACAACCAUACAUAUAUAUAUAUAUAUAUAUACAUAUGUAGGCAUAUUCAAAUACCUAUACGUACGCAACGCUUUCAUAUUUAUUAUGUAGCACUUUAUUUAAAUUGAAAACGCUUCAUACACACAUAUCAAAAUCUGCUAGUAAAUAUUGUGAUAUAUUAAUAUGCUCGUACUAUAUAGAGAUCUACAAUAUAUGCAAAUAAAACAACGGAAAACAAAGCAAAAUACAUAUAAUUUUUUAGUACACUAAAAUACUUACUUAAUUAUAUGGAAAGAAAGUUAGAAUAUAUACAAGUCAAAUACAAAACAUAAGUGUAAAGCAACGAAUAAACCGCAAUUCAAAAAGUGUUUAACCGCCGGCAAAGCGCGUUCGCUCAUAGACGCGUACGUACGCACUUACAUCACACAUAAAAGUGCUCACAAGUGUUAUUUCAUUCAUAAUAAUUUAUUUUAAUUAAUUAAAUAACUAAAAUGUAGUUGUGUGUAUAAAAGUAUGUGAUUUCUUGUGAACGAAAUACGAAAUAAUGUUCUGAUAUUUCUGCGAAACUAACGGAAUUGAAAGUGCCUUUUAAAUAAUUGAAUUUCUACAGACAUAGUGUGUGUGUAAAAAUUUGCCAACUUGAUAUUGCUGAAAACAACAUUUUAUAAUCCACGUAUAAGCAUUUAUCACGAUAUACAACGAAAACAUUCCUUCACAUAGCAGCCAGCAUAUUCAUUUACAAAACAUAUUUCCAAAAAACAAUUAGUCGCAUGACUGCAAUAAAAAGGGAUGGAUGCCUACACAUUACCAACUUACUUCCCAUUGGCCACCUAUUCAGAUCUACAAUUUCUCGCUUCGCGACGAGUAGCUGCAGUAGCUGCUGCAGCAACUGUGCUGCCCCCUCCACCGCCACUACCCACUACGAACUCAGUUAAUUCCAAAAACAUAAAUUGCACUAGCGGCUGCAAUGGCCAAAAUAGUGGCGGGAAUGAGUGCAAUGCUGGAGAGAGCAGUAACGUGCAAUUGUCUCUGGACGUCACGAGCAUGGCUGCUAGCGCACACCAUCACUCUCUCCCACAUCAUAACAAUCACGGUGCUGGGCCACCUCCUACAGCUCAACCGCACGAUUUUCAUCCAGCCUAUAGAAUUCCCAGCUAUAUGGAACAUUUGUACUCACUCCAACGUACCAGUCCUACAGCAUCCUUCCAUGAUCCAUACACAGGCUGUCCUUCAACAUUUCAUUUAACAGGGCUAACCCUGAACUCUGGUGAUUAUUUAGGUGCUCGUGCUGUUAGUUCCCUGGGUGAGUUACAUCCAGCAACGGCGGCAGCGGCAGCAGCAGCUGCCAAUUCCUUAACAAGUACGGACUUUCAUUUUAGCGUUGAUGGAUCCCGACUGAAUAGUUCACGAGCGGGAAGUAUACGUGCCAGCAUUAGUCGGAAGCGUGCACUUUCCUCCUCGCCAUAUUCGGAUUCCUUUGACAUAAAUUCAAUGAUACGAUUCUCGCCAAACUCAUUGGCCACAAUUAUGAACGGUUCGCGCUCCAGCAGUACAGCUAGUGGAUCCUAUGGUCACUUAUCAGCGGGCACCAUUAGCCCCGUUCCUCAUUUGCAACAGCUACAGGCCCAUUUACUACGCGCUAGUGCUGGUCUAUUGCAUCCUAUGCCAUCACAUCAAGCCGCAGCUGCCAGCAUGUUUGCUAUGGGACACAUGCACCCACUACAAUCGGCGGCAGCCGCCGCAGCUGCUGUUGCAGCAACAGUUGCGAACAAUGGUGUAGGAAGCACAAGCAACUCUGACGGAAUUCCACCAAUCAAUAGAAAUAAUGUUAGUGACAUAGUAAAUACGACAACCCCGAAUAGCAUCUCAAACGAACAUAUAUUAAACCGGAAGAAUCACUACGAAGACGUGGCUUUAAUCAACAAAAGUAAGCCGGAACAGCCGACUUCAACAUCAAGUGGCGUGGCACAAGUCGAAGCGGAUAGUGCGUCAUCAAAUGCGCUCCUACGUCGGCAACAACGUUGCAAAAAUAUCAAGAGUCCACUGAUACCCAGCUCUAAUAAUGUACAGUGUAAUACAACAACGACAACAACACCACACAGCGACUACGAGUGCCCCAUUGUCGAUACAACCGAUAUAAAGGAUGAACCUGGCGAUUUUAUUGAAACCAAUUGUCAUUGGCGUGAUUGCGGUAUAGAGUUCGUCACCCAGGAAGAGUUAGUGAAACACAUUAACAAUGAUCAUGUACAGACCAACAAAAAAGCAUUCGUAUGCCGUUGGAUUGAAUGUUCGCGGGGCGAAAAGCCUUUCAAGGCGCAAUAUAUGCUAGUAGUGCAUAUGCGAAGACAUACUGGAGAAAAGCCGCAUAAAUGCACGUUCGAAGGUUGCUGCAAGGCAUACUCCCGUCUUGAGAAUCUCAAAACCCAUCUACGUUCGCAUACAGGUGAGAAGCCUUAUACCUGUGAGUAUCCUGGUUGCAGUAAGGCCUUUAGCAAUGCAAGUGAUCGCGCUAAGCAUCAAAAUCGCACUCACAGCAAUGAGAAACCAUAUAUAUGUAAAGCGCCAGGAUGUACCAAACGCUAUACCGAUCCUAGUUCUUUACGUAAACACGUGAAAACAGUACAUGGUGCCGAUUUUUAUGCAAGCAAAAAACACAAGGGCUCUUCUAACGAAGACGAUAACAGUGGCUUGGAUGGCCAUGGUAUUACCAGCAGUGCUCUUGGCUCAAAUGGAUUGAAGUCUUCGUUGCAUAGACAAUUUCAAAGUCAGAAUCAUCCUCAAAUCGAUUCUAGCCCACGCAGCGACGACAUGCACUCGGGCAAAACAAACAGUAUUUCCAGCCCAAGCAUCAAAUCGGAAUCUGAUGCUAAUUCACCGGAGCACAGCCCAAAUGGCACGGAUGGAAAUCAGUUAUUGGUGCAGACAUCACAAUUACGAUCGACCGUUAAUAUGCGUGACAACGUUAAAUCUGCUUCAGGAUCCAGCUAUGCAGCUGACGAAUUUCAAUUAAGCUCUGUGACACCACUUGAUGAGGGUUGGGACUAUGAUGAAGAUUUGGAAGUUGAAGAGUUGCCAUAUGUUUUGCGCGCUAUGGUAAGCAUCGGUGGAGAGGUGAACGCCGGAAAUGGUAGUUGCGGAAAUAUAAGUAGUGGAAUGGGAGGCGGAGGUGGUGCAAGCGGUGUACUUGGUGGAACAUUGUCGCGACAACGUCUUCGGAGUCGAUUACAGGCAAAAGGUAUUAAUUUGGGUUCGGUGAUGUUAUCGAACAUUCCUGAAACACGUCGAAAUGUUGGCAUAGGAAUUGGCGAACUAAAUCAAAGAAUAAAUAAUUUGAAAAUGGAGCCAACAAAUUCUCCAAUGUCGCCACCGAGCACAGAUUACAUGUCCAAAAUAGGAGGAAGUCAUACGACAGAACUUCAGACCCGUUUGCAACAACAACAAUUUUUAAGACGUGAUAGUCAAAAUUCAAACGCUAGCACGUACUAUUGCAGUAUGCAAAGUAGGCGCAGUAGCCAAUCUUCUCAGGUGUCUUCCAUAUCUACCAUGAGACCAACGUAUAACGCAGGGUCGCUCUAUGACCCUAUUUCACCGGGCUGUUCACGGCGUUCAAGCCAACUUUCGAAUGUGACUUCUAGUAUUUUGGGCGGUUGCAGUAGCAAUUACAAUGGUAAUAAUAACUCGAAUACCAACUCUAACAGCAAUAUUAGUAAUACUCUCUCCAAUGACAAUGGCACUGCUAAGAAUUUGAUGUCAAGCAAUUCAACGUGCGUUGCUGAUAAUACCCUGUGCAAUAGUAUGAUGAAAUUGAACGGAAGCAAUGGAAACAAUAACAGUUUGCCACCACCACCAUCCUCGCAUUUGAUAUCGUCACGUUUGCAGCGUCUUCACAGCACAAAUUAUCAACACAAAAAUCCACCCCGCGACCGUGGUCGCAAUUCCAUACCAAACAUUUCAUUUCCACAUCUCAUUGAAGAAAAUGAUAUUUCCAAUUCAUGUUCAACAAUGAAAUCUUCACAAGGACACUCAAGGCGCCGUCAAUCUGAGCCUAUACGCACAGAAAACAAUCGGUGUUCGACCCCACCACAGUCAUACAUUCCAGUUGUUCCAUUUGAAAUGUCUAUCAGAAGUUGCGCAACUAAUGGUAUAGAAAUAGAAGAUGGCCAAGAUAAAUUGAAAGCAACAAAUUGCGUUGGAGAGCAACCUAUAGCUUCAUCUCGGGAACAUCAUCCGAAUGAAAGAGUAAAUCUAGAUGAAGUUGAAGAAGAUGAGCUUAUAGAAAACAAAUUGGUAUUACCAGAUGAAAUGCUCAUAUAUCUCAAUCAAGUAGCCGAUAAACCAUACCCAACGCAACAACAGGAGCCAGCAAACCAACAGCCAUUACAAACGAAACCGAAAGAAAUCGCAAAUCCAUUAAACGUUGAUAGUACGUUAAAGCAAACACAUGCGCUCCCAUUAGUAGAAAGUGAUGUUGCGAAAGCAGCGUGCCCAUUAUCUUCUCCCAAAAUGUUCCCCAACAGCCCAGCUUUAUCAUGCAUGUCACAAAACCAAACAGCAAUGUGUCGCAUGAUGUCUCCCUCAUCCGGCUAUUGUGUGGCGACCACGGGAAGUGCACACCCAAAUCCCAAUUAUGAAAUGCGUAGUGCUCAAGCUCAGAAUCCAGCAUUCAACUACUACCGUGCCAACUCACAAUUAAUAGAGCCACAAGAUAUGGAAUAUAGCUCUUCUUAUAAUAACUCUGCGAAUGACACUACGAACUUAGCCGGUCCGUUUCAUCAGCAUCAACAGCCGCAACAACAAUGUGAACAUCAUCAUUUGUCGAUUAACUACUUCUGUAUGGAGAAUUUGAAUAAUCAUGCUCGAGUACUGAAUUCAAAUUUACCACAACAGUAUGAGCACCAACAACAUGCGCAAUUCCUUCAACACCAACAGCAACCACAACCACAGCAAGAAAAUGUAGCUAUUUGCGUCGAUUCUUCAAUGACCAGUUUACCGGAAGCGAAAGCCGAUGAUAUUCCAAAAGCCUGCACUGAGCAGCCCACAACACUUGGCACUGCACCAGUCAUUAAUAACCUAUUUUACCGAGUACAUGAUACUGACAACCCUCUACAACCAAUGCAGCAGCAAGUUCCAGAAACAGCUUUACCCGCAUUGAGUGAGCCAGUCAACAAAUUACCUGUUGUCGAAAUACAGUGUGGCGAUAUCAGUCAAUCCCAAAUGUCACCUAUAUUGGAAACACGCCAGCCAAAUCCAUCAACUAAAGUUAUAAUGCCAGGAAAUACUACAACACAAGCGGCUGUGACCACCACAACUAUGACCAUGCAGUCCAUAUCAGCCAAUCAAACUCAAGCAGGCCCAGCAGUCGGACAUUUCGUAAACAACUUUCCAACCACAACAACAGCAAUCACAACAGUUGCGGCAACAACUACUGAAUUGCGUGGUAAUAGUAGAAAUACUGAGCAAAAUGUGCCCUAUAUCCCAAAUGGUGCAUCGAUCACCAAUGGCGGCAUGCGUCUGGAUACAUACCAACGCACACUUGAAUAUGUGCAGAAUUGCCAAAACUGGUUAGAGACUAACAAUUUCGCCACAAAUAGCAAUCAAGACAAAGAAAGAACUGAUUACGAUCAAAAUGCACAGCAAGCUGUUAGCAGUUCAACACAUCCCAGCAACAAUAUGAUCAUCAACGACAUGACCACAUCGUUGAGCUCGCUACUAGAAGAGAACAGAUAUUUUCAACUAUUGCAAUGAGUAUGAAACUAGAAAUCUAUUGUAAGAAAGAAAAGUAUAUUAUUUGAAUACUUGUUUUAUGCUAAGGUAUAUGAUAUGAGUUUGUUUAGAAUGGGAAAGCCACAAACCUACGGGUUAACAAUGUGCCUUCUCUAUUAGUGCAUAAUACAUGUGGGAAGAAUUUACUCUUUGUUCUUCGCUCUCUUUAUAUAAUUAAUAAUGUCAACCGGUUGUAUAAAUAUACUCUGCGGUUGUAGGAACAUAAUACAAAUACGCUAGAACUGCUUACUGCAAUAGUUUAAGUCAAUUUCGGAUCGUAUUUAAGCAAUACAGUGCCCGCGUUUAACAUAGUAACAGUGUGACAAAUUAAACUGCAAGUUUAGCAUUUUACAUUUGUAUAUACAUAUGUACUAUUUGACUAUUUAUAUUUAACAGUAGAUCUUCCAACAUCUUCCAUCUUUAUAUCAGAGUUAUCAUUCUAGUUAUAAUAAAUAUUUCUGGAAAAUAACAAAUAUUUUUUUUCAUGAAGUGAUACACAUACAUACAUAUAUAUUUCGAAGGGUGCAAACAAUGAAAGCAUUCAAACAUGUAUUCAGAAAUUAUUUGCCAGCGAUAUUGAGCUCAAAAAAUGUUUGAAUUUUUGAAUGAGUUUUUAUAAAUUAGGUUGCUUUUUAUUCGCGCAAUAUCUUGUACAACUUUUAUACCGAACGGUUGCUCAUAAAGUCAUUAAAAUGGUCGGUUAACGGAUUGAAUUAUAUGUAGACAUAACAGGAAGUACGUACUUGAGCUUGAGCUUGAGUUUGAGUCUCAUAUAUGUUUAACAAUACCGCAUAUAAUUGAUAAUAAUUGAUUGAUCCAGCAUGUUGACUUCAUUAUAUCAUCUUAUCGUAAACAUAAGUACUGAGCAAAAACUGCUCUAAGGAUGGAUGGAGUCAAUCUCCAACUUCUCUAUCUCACGUUAUAAAAAUGUAUUUGUCGUAUGAUGCCCUUUGAAGUGGUUAUCACGAAUAUUAUGUUAGUUAUAUAUAUAUACACAAAAUUUCUUGCUUAAGCACGAAUCUGUCAAACGUGCUGAGAUUUCCUCUCCUGGGUUUCAACUGUCCGAAUAUGUAGACAUGCAUAGAUUGAUCUGACAAACCCAUAGAUAAUAUUAUUGUGGUAUUAAAAGUACAAAAGAACUACAACAAGUGCCACCGAAUCAAAUACAAAAUAUAAUUAGAAACACUUUUAUAAAUUGACGCACAUAUACAUAUAUACACAAAUUAAUACAACUGUUUAAGAUAUGCAAAUCCGUUGUUAGUAAGUACAAUUUAGAAACGCAGAUUCAAGCGCAUCUAUAUACUUGUAUUUCAUGUACACAUACAAAUAUAUAAAGAUGCGCUUCACAGUGCAUUAUACUAGAUAUGUAUAUGUACAUACAUGUAUUUAUUGCUACACUUAUGUAUUUAUGAAGAAAAAAACAAAAACAAAUAGGAAUCUUUCCCAGCAAAAAUACCAAACAAGCAUACUGAUAUCUCAAUUAUAUGUACACAUAUUAAAUGCCAUUCGCAUAUAACAUAUAUUAACAUAUGUAUAUGUAACUACAUACAUACA